UCUCUCCCUCUCUCUAACACACACACACACACACAUUCUAAGACGACUCAGUGAAGUAAUGGAAGAUGAGAGGUGAUGCAAAUUCUGAAAAUGGGAGAGCGAGGAAAGAGGGCGGAAAGGAAGAAAGUUGUGAGACUUAAGAGCCUAUCCGAUUCUCCUCUCUUCUGACCCUUUAAUGGCAACUGGUUGUUCAGUACGAGACCAUGAACUUAUAUCACAAGUUUGAAAUUAGUUUGAGUAGAGCAGUGCUGAAGAGCUUUAGAAAGACAGAAAUCUAUUACUAACAUUCUAUGCUACUAACAUUCUAUGCUUUGUUUAAUUCCAAUUUUUCUGGUGGACUUAGAUGGCUGUUCCCUCGCUGGAACCAUAUCGUGAAGGCCAGACUCUACGAUUACCUUUGCUGAUGGAGCGUCCAGACAACAAUAACGACAGAGAACAUGUUAUAGAUAUUGGGAAGGGUGGUGAUGGCUCCUCAUCUGGCUCUCCCCACAGCGAUCCUUUGCCUUCCCUUGACAUGCUGCACCAUGAAGACAGACCUUCAAGCAGCACUCGUGCCCCCCCUUCUCAAGUUUCCUCAUCUUCCUCGAAUGGAUCGAACUCCAGGAACUCUUUCAUUAGAAGGGGUGAUGGGUAUGGCCGUCGCCAUAGGAGCCCAUUGAAUUCUGGUUUGUGGAUUUCUAUUGAGCUAGUAGUCACCAUAAGCCAGAUUAUUGCAUCCAUUGUUGUUUUAUCUUUGUCAAGAGACGAGAAACCAGAAGCUCCAUUAUUCGAGUGGGUUCUGGGUUAUGCAGCCGGAUGUCUUGCAACCUUGCCCCUUCUUUGUUGGCGUUACCGUCACCGCAACAACCAGGGCACUGAACAAGAUUCAGCACACACAAGCCAGGGCUCUUCUCAGAGCAGCGUCCCAUCAGAACCUACUUCUUACACUGCUAUCUCAGUUACUCAUGGCUCAGAAGGUGAAGAUCAACACACCACAGUAACAGCCUCCCAAAAUACGAGAUGGUUCGCACCCGGUAGGCUCCAUGCGCUAGUGGACCACUUCAAGAUGGCCUUAGAUUGCUUCUUUGCAGUGUGGUUUGUAGUCGGCAAUGUUUGGAUCUUUGGGGGGCACUCCUCUUCUUCUGACUCUCCCAUCUUGUACAGGUUAUGUAUGGUGUUUCUUACUUUUAGCUGUAUUGGGUAUGCCAUGCCUUUCAUUCUAUGCGCAACAAUCUGCUGCUGCUUGCCUUGCAUAAUUUCUGUUUUAGGCUUCCAAGAGGAUCUGACUCAAACAAGAGGAGCCUCUCCAGAUUCCAUUAAUGCUCUUCCAACCUACAAGUUCAAGUCAAAGAAAAAUGGAAAUAGCAAUGACCGGGAAUUCAAUUCAGAAGGGGUGGGUGAUGGUGGGGUCUUGGCAGCUGGAACAGAUAAGGAGCGUAUAAUUUCAGGUGAAGAUGCGGUCUGCUGCAUUUGCUUGGCAAAAUAUGCUGACAAUGAUGAGCUGAGGGAGCUGCCGUGUUCCCAUUUCUUCCACAUGGAGUGUGUGGAUAAGUGGCUGAAGAUCAAUGCAUUGUGUCCUCUCUGCAAGUGUGAGGUGGGUGAGAACAGUGGUGCCUCACCUUCUGCAGCAAACUCCAAUCGACGUGAGAGAAGGCUGAUGAUCACUGCAUCAACUGGUGUGCAUGCGUAUGGGAGGGCUAGUUUUUGAUUGGGCUGGCUCCCAAGUAUACAAAUUAUAUAUGGACUUGUGUUGCUAGCUUGAGUUGUUUAUAUAUAUAAGUAGAGGACUAUACCCUGAGUUCAUCCAAUGCCAAUUUCAUUCCUUUGCAUCUG